AAAAUAGAUACCCAAAAAAAAAAAAAAAAAAAAUGGCCCCCUGACAGUUAUACAUGUAUAAUAGCUGGUCUUUUUUUUUUUGCUUGUGUGACUCUAUCCAUACCUCUUUCCUCUCUUCUUUUUCAUGGCUCAUUACGCCCAUUCAAAACGACAUGAGAUGACACAGUUAUAUACCCCAGAUAAAUGCAAAUUAUAUGAAAUGGUACAAUAUCAAUGUGAAGCCAGUCAACAUCAAAUCGAAUGUAGUCCUUUUGUUCGCUUAUUUUUAAGGUGUGCUGGUAUGCCUAUGGUUGAGGUAACACCUGAAUAUGAUCAACAUGGAGAUCCUUUACAGUAAAUGACGCAUAAAUGAUGAUGCAUUGAUUUAACAUGAUUUCUUAGUACUGAUAAUGAUACAAAAGAGUGAUUCAAACAUGGCCUUGUAUAUCACUUGUUAUAGAACAUCUUAUAUAUAUAAAAAUGACCUUUCUUUCUUUUAAGUUCUCUUUCUUUAUACUUCUACA